UAUUUCCCACUUUCUAUAGUAAAACACAAGCAACUCUUUUACUCAUCAUCAUGGGGAAUUAUAGGUUUAGAUUAUCAGAUAUGAUGCCAAAUGCUUGGUUUUACAAGCUCAAAGACAUGGCCAAAAGCAGCAGCAGAAGACAUAGCCACACAACUUCAUCAUCAAAUCUACAACUAGACAAAAAAAGACAACCCCAUAACCUUGGUUGUCAAAGAAAAUCAUAUUACAUUUCAAGAAACCUCACUAUUUCUAGUCCCAUCUCUUCUAACAGUCCAAAACUCGAUCACAAUGUUCACAUCACUGAGCCAUCAAGGAAGUCUUACAAGAAAAGGCGUAGUACGAAUUUCAGGAGGAGAAAUUCUCCUAAACCUGUCAAUUCCUCUGCUUCUGUUGAAUCUGUCUGGACUAAACCUGAUUCAACCCCUGAACAAUACCCAAAUUCAUCGUCUUCCUCGUCGUCGUCCUCAUCACCAUCUUCAAUUUUGACUCAAAAAUCAAACCCCAUUACUUCAGUUUCACCGUCUUGUGACUGUAGAACUGAUUACACGAAUCAAAAUUCAGCCAAUCUUGAUCACUCUGUUUCCAAAAUUGACCUUCCUCGUAUCAUAACCAAGCCCGAAAAAUUCAACGAAAAGAUCCGAGAAAAACAGAGGAUUGUGAAACAAGAACAGAGGAUAGUGAGAAGAGUAUCAACAAAUGGUGUGAAGCUGAGAACAAAUUCACCAAGAAUAACAACAACAACAACAAACAGCAGAAAGAGUGUUUCAUCAAAAAGAACAAGUGUUACGACAGACAGCUUUGCAGUGGUGAAAUCAUCAAGAAAUCCUCAAAAAGAUUUCAGAGAAUCAAUGGUGGAAAUGAUAAUUGAGAAUAAUAUAACAACAUCAAAGGAUUUGGAAGAACUUCUUGCUUGCUAUCUUUCAUUAAAUUCAGAUGAAUAUCAUGAUAUAAUCAUCAAAGUAUUCAAGCAAAUCUGGUUCGACAUCACUGAAAUUCGACUCAAGUAAAUACUAGUAUAAGAAUCUAUGUAUUAAUUUUUAUCUGUCUAAUACAUAAACGUUAGUUUCACUCGUAUCUAUAUUCAGUAACUUUUCUAUAUGUACAAAUAAAUAUUUAAAUUAUUAAACAAUCAGA